AAUAUUUUUAUGUAGAUUACCUACAAUUGUCGUAGUUCCAAAUUCAAUGUGAUUUCGUCUGUUAACAAUUAAUUUAUUUUAGUUUUACAGUGAAUGGGCUUUCAUUUUUAAUCGGGUGUUAGGGGUAAACGUUUCGAUGCGAUACUGACGUAUACUUUUUGAAAUUGUGCAAUUGUACUAUCAACAUUUCUAUCGGAGUAGUUUUUCUCGCUUUGGUCUGGUUAUCAGUGACUAUUGGAAGUUUAACGCAGGCUAUUGUGUGUCACACGCAUUAGUCAUCUGGUUAUGAAAAGUUAGACGUAUAUCACAAUACUCUUGCUUUGUAUUCAAACGAAUGAUAUAAUCGGACUCGUUUCAUUAUAAACUACACACUAGAUCUUUUAAUAUUUUUUUUUUAUUUAAAUACUUGUGCAUAUUAAAUGGCAAUGGCUUCUAGAAAAAAAGUGCUCUUAAAAGUUAUUAUUCUGGGUAACAGUGGUGUAGGCAAGACAUCAUUAAUGAAUCAAUAUGUCAACAAAAGAUUUUCAAACCAAUACAAGGCCACUAUCGGAGCUGACUUUUUGACAAAAGAAGUUAUGGUAGAUGACAGAAUCAUCACAAUGCAGAUUUGGGAUACUGCUGGACAGGAACGUUUCCAAUCUCUGGGUGUUGCAUUCUACAGAGGUGCCGAUUGCUGUGUGCUGGUGUUCGAUGUUUCGGCACCAGAUACAUUCAAGUCUCUGGAUAGCUGGCGAGAUGAAUUUCUGAUUCAAGCCAGUCCACGGGACCCAGAAAAUUUUCCAUUUGUUGUACUGGGCAACAAAAUUGAUCUAGAGAGCCGUGCUGUAUCAAGCAAAAGGGCGCAGCAAUGGUGUCAGUCAAAAAAUAAUAUUCCCUAUUUUGAAACAUCUGCCAAAGAAGCUGUGAAUGUUGAACUGGCUUUCCAAACAAUUGCUAAAAAUGCUCUUGUUCAAGAAUCAGAGGUCGAGCUGUACAAUGAAUUUCCAGACCAAAUCAAACUUAACACAAAUACCGAUAAUUCAAAUCGCAAUGGCGAUAAUUGUGCUUGCUAAAAGUAAUAAAAAGUGAAGUUUUAACACCAAAAGUUAAGCACCACUUGGUAAGCUGAUGUUAUCCAAAAUAAGCCCAGAAACUACCAAUACUACAUUCAUAUGCAAAUAUUUUGCCUUGAUUAUUAUUUAAUUAUUUGAUAACCUUUUUUAUACUAGGUAUAUGUAAUAUACAUAUCUAGUGAUUAUAAAUAUUUGAUACAGUUAUAUUAGCAGUCAUUGUUUAGUAAAACUGCAUGUAUCUUGAUAUUUAAUGUAUAUUCUUGUUAAUUAUACAAGUAAAUGUUGUACAUGUUAUAUUAAUAUUGGCAUAUUUACAUUUCUAUUUUUUCUACUUUGCCAACUAUACAAAAUUGCUCAUUGAAGCUUUUUACACAUAUACUGAAAACAUUUGACAAUAAUUUUUUGCAUUGCAACAUUUUGAAUGGUGAAAAAACAAUUACUUUAUAUUUAUUAUAAAACAUCAUGAUUUAAUAAAUAUUGAACCGGCACUUUGUUCAUAAACUUUGAUGGCAUAUAAUAUUACCAAUUUGUUUAAUUACAAAAAUUGCACUGCUAUUUUGAAUAUGUUGGCAAGAUUUAAAUAUGCGGAUACUGGCUUUUCCAUCGAUCUGUUUUGAACAAAAUGUUUUUAGAUAACUUUUCCAAGGUCAAUAAAGGAUUAGGGCGUUUAAUGCUUUGGCUACAAAUGUGAAAAUUAGUUAUAUAUUUAAAUAUUUAUGUAUAUUUGUUAAGUAGUAGGAUUCAGUAUAUGUG